GGCAUAUCAUGCCUUAGCGCAGUGCACAGAAUUUGAAAAGGCUUUGCUAGUCGAGUUUAGCUAACUAGCUGGUUGAGGCUUAUUAGCUUAAUAUCGCAGCAGGCCUAAUUACCAGGUUAGACAUUAUGAAUGAGGUUGUUAGCAGUUUAUGUGCCGUAGGUUUAGUUAUUAUUUUUAUCUCACACGCUGAAGGAAACAGUGGAUAUUCCUAUGCAGACUGCACAUACGUGAAGCCAGACCACCCCUCCACCUACUAUGGGGAGCGGUGCUUCUGCUACACCAGUCCCACCAUCAAAUGGAAAGACUUCUGGUCCACGUUCCAGGUCCACGCGUCAAGCAGCCAGGACGUUGUGAUCACGUACCCGAUGAAACCCCGAGCCUGCCAGGAUCCUGAGAACCUCCUGAAGCUGGCCUCAUGUCUGACGGAGCACUACUGGCCCUCGAGGGUACAGAAGGAAAAGGAUGUGGACAUACCACUCGUCGAGGAGGAGGUGUGCUUCAUGAUUAGGUCUCCCAGAGCCAGCUCAGAGUACACACUCCACGUCUCCAAACACAGGUUUAACAAGAUGCGAUUUUUCCUCUUCGUCUCCGGGCUCGCACUCUUCUUCUUCGCCGAAGACGUAUGCAGGAGCUCCUUAUUUUUCUACAUCUCUGGGGUUUCUCUGGGAACGGUUUCCAUUUUCGUGUUCCUGCUCCUGGUUCUGAAGAACUUCAUACCCACGCGAGGACUUUUCCUGCUGCUGUUCGGCGCCGGAGCCGGACUCUCGUACCUGGGCAUCCAGAAGCUGAUGACGGAGUGGGAGGAGGUUAUGAGGCUGUACUGGAAAGAGCUGCUCGGUUACCUGCUGGUGUCGGGGUGUGUGAGUCUGGCAGUGUGUCACCGGCUCGGCCCGGUCAUCGGCACACGCGCGCUGAACGUGAUGACGUUGGUGCUACGCGUCAUGGGCGCGGUGGUGGCAUGUCACGGUGUCACGUACGCCCCCGUGUCCUGGAUCCUGCUGGUCGUGAUGCUGGGGGUCGAGAUCCUGCCCCUGCUGUUCACCCUCGUCCUGGAGCUCUGGAGACAAGUGUGGUGGCUGCUGUCGGCGUUCCUGGGCCUGUUCCACAGGAGGAGGUCGUCUAACUCCAGACUACUGACGGAGGACGAGUAUCGGGAGCAGGCGGAGAGACACACUAGAGCGUCCCUGGAGGAGCUGAGGAGGUACUGCACCAAUCCCGGCUUCCCUGCAUGGGACACCGUGCUGAGGCUCCGCGCCCCACAGAGGUUUGCAGAGUUCCUGCGUAACGGAGCCCACGUCACUGAAUCGGAGCUCCAGAGCCACACGCGCCACCACAGCGCCGGAGCCGAGUACACAGAGAGAGAGCUUCUGAACUCGACACACACCACGGCUACGUCAGAGGACUUCAGCGAUGACGAGGUCGACAACAGCACACACCGAUCUCCGAACUCGAGCCCGUUCUCUGCUCCUCCUGCUGUUCCUGCCCUGCCUGCUCCUCCUGCCCUGCCCACAGCUCCUGCCUACACACCCACUAUCUGCCCCUACCCCCCCAUGCCCUACAUCCCUGUACCCGAGCGCCCGCUCACAGAUGACGACGAGCCGUUUUAACCAACGUGUAUAAAAACAAGUUUCUCUACUCCUACUGCUAUUUUAAAAUUAUUUCAGCUGGAAGACUUAUUGAUAUUUUUUAUCUUUGUAUUAGUGUAAAUACCGAUGCCACAUCUGGCUCUUGGAUGUAUCUAGUAAUAAUUCAGGGAAACACUGCUCUCUAGUGUCGAAAUCAUGAAACACAGGAAACCGAACAACUACUGAUUUUUUUAAUUUUUAUUUUAAUCCUGGUUCAAUGUGCCAAUGUUAGGUCUAAUUGGAUAUUUAAAGGUUUUAUGAAUAGGUUGGUUUUACGAUAUUGUAUAAUUCUUGUCAAAUUUUAUGCCUUAUUUAAUAAAGAAUGUUAAUGCUGUACA